AUGUUUAUUGUCUCCGCACUUUUAAACGCAAUUAAGGGAACUUUACUUCAUUCUAGGAAGCCAAUUCUCUACACUAUAACUACUUGGGUUUAUGUGGUUGUAGUGUUUCCAUUAGCGGUGGCUGCGUACCUCUAUUUCUACCAAAUACUAAUACCCAAUUCUCCACAAGAGGUGGUUUUAAUUAAUGAAAUAUCCUCCAUUACUCAAUUGUCAACUAUCAAAAAGGAGGUGUUCUACGACUUACUGCUACGAUUAAAUCUUUGGUGUUUUGAUUCGGCUCAAUACUUGGCGCAUUAUUCCUUGCAAUCAGAAUCGGGUCCCCAGUUGCAGUCUUCAGUUUUAGUCAAUUGUGAUUGGAAGAAUGUCUACAAGCAUAACAAUCCUUACAUUCCUUAUGCCUUACGGUGGCUAGUGUUCCCCAAAUGGAUCAAUUGGGAUAAAACUUAUUCUCUCUUAGUACCCGUGGCACGGGGUGUUAGAGGAUCUUUCCUUAAGCAGACGGCACUCGAGCUUAUAAUAGACGAAUCGGUGAAGGAGUCAUAUAGUACCUCGUCAUACUUGAUGUUAGAUGUGGCUUGGAGAGGAAUGCGUUAUUAUAUGUACCAUUACUACUUUCUGAGUUUAAUAAUAGGAUCAGUAGUGUUUUAUGCUGUUUGUACGCUAGUCAUGCUUGUCUCCAGUUUCAUCAUGAACGUCAUUGCCACACUGCAAAGAGACUCUAAAAAGGUUAACUAA